GAGGAGGGAGAAGCCAGAAAGAAAAUGGCGGCUGUGGCUGCAGAGGCGGCAGCGACUGCAGCGUCCCCUGGGGAGGGGGGCGCCGGAGAGGCCGAGCCUGAGAUGGAGCCCAUCCCGGGCAGCGAGGCUGGUACUGACACCCUCCCGGUCACGGCCACUGAAGCAUCUGUGCCGGACGGGGAGGCCGACGGGCAGCAGUCCGCUCCUCAGGCCGAUGAGCCGCCGCUCCCGCCACCACCGCCGCCGCCAGGGGAGCUCGCCCGCAGCCCAGAGGCGGCGGAGCCAGAGCCGGAGGCUGAGGAGAAGCUGCCUGCACGGGCUGCGGAUCCGGCGACAGUCGCGCUCCAAGAAGGGCCCGACCUUUCACCUUCCCCUGUUCCGCCACCCGAGCAGCCUCUGGCUCCAGAGGAGCGCGAGGAGCCGCCGCUACCCCAGCCCGUAACCCCGGCUCUCGUGCCGCCAACGGGCGGAGACUCUGCGGUGUCGCAACUGAUCCCCGGCUCGGAGGUGCGGGUCACGCUGGACCACAUCAUUGAGGACGCGCUCGUCGUGUCGUUUCGCUUCGGGGAGAAGCUCUUCUCUGGUGUCCUUAUGGAUCUGUCCAAAAGAUAUGAAGUGCAGAGACUCCCAUUCACAGCUCUCCAUUCUGUUUGCUGCAACAGCACACACUCUGAUGGUCUCAACAAAUGGCAGCAAUUACAUCAGACAGUGACGAGUCCUGCUGCUCCCUUACAGUGUCUGACAGACCACUGUGGAUUCAGAUUGGGAGCAUUGAAGUUAACAGUGAAACGGGCAGGUCUGUCUGUUUUGAGCACUGCCACAGAGUGA